CAUCAUCACUGGCCAGCCCAGAUCUUCCCCCGCCACGGCGCCGCCCUCAAUCUCAAAUCUGAACAAGCAGUAGUGAUGCCAAUCAUUCCAGAAACUGCCACCGCCACCACUCGCCGCCGUACAUUCUCGGUUCUUCCCUGGAAAGGCGUGAGGCUCAUUCCUCUUGCAAUAUCAAUCUCCAUAGGACUCAUCUUUCGCUUUGCCGUGCCCAAGCCUGACAGUGUCCCAACUAAAGGGUGGCAACUCCUCGCCCUCUUCCUCACCACCAUCUCCGGCCUCAUCCUUACCCCGCUCCCGGUGGGGGGUUGGGCUUUCGCUUGCCUCACCCUCGCUGUCCUCACCAAAACUCUCACCUUCUCCGCCGCCUUCUCCGCCUUCACCAAUGAGGUCAUUUGGCUCAUCGUCUCCUCCUUCUUCUUCUCCAGGGGGUUCAUCAAGACGGGGCUAGGGGAUAGGCUUGCCAUGCUGUUUGUCCGGUUUCUCGGGAAGAGCACUCUGGGUUUGUCUUACGGCUUGGUUUUGAGCGAGGCCAUCAUUUCUCCUGCUAUGCCCAGCACAACCGCUCGGGCCGGUGGGAUUUUCUUGCCCAUUAUUAAAUCGUUAGCCUCCACCGCCGAUAGUCAUCCUAAGGACCAAUCUUCCAGGAAGCUCGGAGCCUAUCUCGUCCAGUCUCAGUUGCAGGCUUCCAGUAACUCAAGUGCCCUUUUCCUGACUGCUGCAGCUCAGAACCUAUUGUGCAUCAAAUUAGCAGAAGGGCUUGGUGUUAAGAUUUCAAGCAGAUGGGUUACUUGGCUAAAGGCUUCCUGUUUCCCAGCACUCGUUGCUCUUCUAGCAACUCCGAUUAUUGUAUACAAGAUAUUCCCUCCUGAAAUGAAGAAGACGCCAGAUGCCCCAGAAAUGGCUCGAAGGAGAAUGAAAGAAAUGGGGCGUAUGAAAUUCGAAGAGUGGAUUAUGGUUGGAACUAUGCUUAUAAUGGUUGCACUAUGGAUAACUGGAGAUAGUAUUGGGAUAGCAAGUGUUGUGACAGCGAUGCUAGGCUUAACUUUGCUUAUGCUGUGUGGAGUUUUGGACUGGGAUGAUUGCUUAAGCGAAAAGUCAGCGUGGGAUACCUUAACUUGGUUUGGGGUUUUAAUCGGGAUGGCGACUCAAUUAACUGCUCUUGGAGUGAUCAAAUGGAUGUCUGAUGUUGUGGCCGGUUUCCUCAAGUCUCACUCAAUAAGCUCGUUCUGGGGCUUCGUUAUCCUUCAAGCUGCGUAUUUCUUUAUCCACUACUUGUUUGCGGGACAGACGGCUCACGUUGCAGCAUUGUACUCCGCGUUUCUUGGGAUGCACUUGGCAUCCAAAGUUCCCGGCUUUAUCGCUGCUUUGGCUUUGGCCUACAACACAAACCUUAAUGGCGCUUUGACUCACUAUAGCAGUGGCCAGGCUGCUGUUUAUUAUGGAGGUGGCUUUGUAGAACUGCGCGAUGCCUUCAAGUUGGGAAUUAUAAUGGCUGUGAUUAAUAUAACGUUGUGGGUGUUAAUUGGAGCUGGUUGGUGGAAGGUUCUUGGACUCUACUGAGGCUGAAAGACUCCAAGAAGCAAAGAGGUUAGUUCCAAUAUUCUCUGUGACAGAUUAUUAACUAGAAAAACGUACAGUUUGCGAAUUUUCUUGUCGAUUCUGAUCCAUGUUUGUGUUUGGACAUGGCACAAAAUUGAUCAUAGAAUGUAAGUAGGCCACAAAUAAUGGACUGUCAGUACAGUAUAAGGCAUUAAACAAACUCUACAAAGUUGCAAUGACAGUUGAUGAAUAAAAGCUUUUCAUAUGGACACUGUUCUGCCAA